GUGUUCCUGGUAUCUUAUACAUGUAUAAGUAGUUCCAAUCGUUGAGAAGGCAAUACUCACCUAUGUUCCACACAAAACAAUGAUUACAGCCACAGGACCUGCUCUGGUGAUAGUGUGUAUCUUAAAACUGAUAGAUGCGGUAGCGACCGAUAUGAAACACCAAAGAUUACACGCCAGCUGCAGUAAUGGGGAUCCUAUGAUACAAAUAUCAGGCUAUAAUCAUCCAUAUUUUGAUAUCGAUAGUUUGGAACAUGGUGAAUCGAUGGAAGAAAGUAUUAUAGGCAUCAAAGAAAGUAUCGAGAACUCUGCUAUAUUUUGCAUGUGGAAAAACCAAUGCAAGAUAGAUAAAACAACUCGAAAAGACAUUUUUAAAACGGAAGAGUGGUUCAAGAAAAACAUGCGAUGUCUUAAAAACGGAACAAAAGUAUAUGAUUUAAUUUCAAACGCAACAAAUUCAGGAGACUCAGAACUUGAAAACUUCAGUGGAACAAUCAUUGUACGAAGUCAUGAGUAUUUUCCAUGGAAUUAUAGAUUUUGUGAUGAUACAAGGAAGUUCGUUUUAAGGUUCAUAACCGGAGAAACUCAUGUGGAAAAAUUUAAGGUUGCCCUUCAAAUAGUAUUUUCUGAAAUACAUAGCAAAUUCGAUAGCCUCUUUCUGGUGCAAGGUAAAAGGACCGUGAAUAUAGUACAGGGAUCUGGAAUUGUUGAGCUGGAUGUCACUGAACUGAAACAUGUUGAAGUAGAAUUGAAAUCAACCAGACCUUUGACUAGUCCGAAAUGUUGGGAUUCUGCAAACAAAGGGUUUUUGCUUUGUUUGAGACUUGUAGAAAAAACGCAAGAAAUCCGGACAAUCUGUGAAGACGUAAUGUAUGCCGUCACGGUUGAGACAAGGGAGCAUACAGAACAGAUGCAAUAUGAAGAAAUUACACUAUUGAAUAUGACGAAUUGUGAUGAGAACGAACAAGUCGAUUUCGAGGAAUCAACAGAAGACGAACACUUCGCCACAUCAUUUGCUUGCACUCCCGAAGUAACUACCGGUAUCUCUGUUUCUACCUCCAAAUCCGAAAGCAGUGUUUCAACAAAGUCAGAAAUUAUAGAACAAAACAAGGCCUUUAACGUGAAAGAUGAUGUAUAUUUUGAGAAAUAUACUGAAAACUACCACUCCAAUACAUCCAAUGUCUUCACUCCACAAAAAAACACCCUUUUAGAGAAAUCAACAAAAGGCCACCACCUCACCACCUCCACUGCCUCCAUUCCCCGAUUAACCACCAAAAUCACUGUUUCUUUCUCCAAGUCAGAGAGCACCACAUCAGCAAACUCAGCCAAUUACUUAGGCCAGCCCUAUUUAUGGCGAUCCCAUCUUCGUAUCGACACUCUGCUGAUGUCAACAUCCGGUACUUUGUUACUCACAUUUGUGCACUUAUACUGAUACUUUCUUCGGAAUUUGUAAUGGUUAAAAAUUUACAGAAACUUGUGUAUGAAAUUUGAGUUUCCAUGGAUACUAUAAACAUCAUAUUUAGUGACACCAUACAGCUGAAAAUGAUGCAAUAGGAAGUUCAUAUUAUUUUC